CUUUAAGAAUCUCGAAAUUGCGUCAUUCGCGCUCUGUUUACUAACAAACUGCGUUCGGCGCUCAAAUAGCAGCUGUUUUGAUGAUGAAUUAUUUUCCCAACUAUUAUUCAAUUGAGGACAUCUUUGUCACCCAAGAAAAGGUUGAGUGUAAGGUCAACACACGUCUACAGCGGCUGGGCUUUCUAGAUGCCGGUGCUGAAACGGAGGACCUGGAGCCCGGCCGAACUAUCAAUCUGCCGCUGUGGUACAUCAAGGAGCUGAAAGUGAACAAUGCUUACUUUACGAUAGCCGUACCGGACAUCUACAAGAAUGUGCACAAGGCCGUCUGCGAGGCCGAGACAACGCACAUUGAACUGGGUCGACUGCAUCCCUAUUUCUACGAGUUCGGUCGCUAUCUAACGCCGUACGAUCGUAACCAUGUAAUAGGACGCAUCAUAUUCGAGACGCUGCGCCAGCGCGUGCGCCAUCUGUUAGACAUAUCGAAAAACGAUGGAGACACCAAGCACGAGCAUCGACUCGACAACAUUGAGAGCAAGCUCCACGAAGCCGGCGUGCGCACCAAUACCCUGUACAUUAACUGGCUGCAAAUGAGCGGCAAUCACAUACGCACCUCGCAGCUAGUCGAGGAGCAUCAGAAGAAGCGCAAACGCGCCGACCGCAGCGACGACGAGGGUGACAAUGAAACGGACACGCCCACUAGCAAAAAACGUAGCACAAUGUAAACAAGAUGUAAUGAUAGAGACAUCGAAAAAACACACUUUAUUUUAUUUGUUUCACUUUAAGCGUAUUUGUAAAAGAAAUGUAUAAACUAUUUGGG